CAACACGGCUGGCUGGACACUCCCCCGUCAGUCCCCCUUGGUCUCGCUCCAGGCCAGGCGGGGUCAGCGGCUUCUUAGUUUUCUUAUUUUCUUUGAGACAGUGAGGCAAAAUGUAUAAAUUAGUGAAGGGAAGAUUCGGGUAUGCUGUGCGGGUGGUGGGUGGCACGCAGGCCAGGUGGGCACGGCAGAAGCUGUCCAGCCGCGGGGAGCAAGAAGCAGUGGGGCGAGUGGUGGUACCCAUAGCAAGACACUUCACUUCACUGCACAACACUCGGGGGGCACUGCUGCGCUUGCCAGGGCCCAGGUACAGCGUGCCAAAGAGAGGCAUCGGCAUGCUGGUGGCUAGAGUGCUGCGUGGGGCUCUCAAGAUACGUUACCUUCUCCUGGGUGGCAGCAUUGCAGGAGGCAGUGCCCUUGCUAAGACAUAUGAACAGUGGAAGGAAGCUCUGCCAGACACCAAGUUCCUGGAGGAUCUCCUUCCCUCACAGGAGGACCUGGACUCCGUCAGGGCCUCUCUCAUAUCCUACAGGGACAAGAUCAAGGACUCUAUACCUGAGUUUUCCUUAGACCCCAAGCUGUGGGAGGCGGGUGAGGAGGGGUACAGCCAGAUAGCCGGAUGGUUCAAGGAGCGGCUGGAUGAUGCAAUACAGGCUGCCGAGGAGGACAAGAAGAGUGGCUCAUCUAUCUUCUCUGACGGCGAGAUCCUUACCCUGUCCGGGGGGGUCCGUGCCCCUGCGCCAUUGGCCAAAGAUUUCUCCCCAGAUCUGAAGCAGCACGCCCUGUCCUUCACCUCCAUGGGCAGCUCAUCGGAGAAGGAAAGAGAGAAAGCAGAGCUCCUCCGCAUGAGACUCUCCCAGCUCGAGGCAGAACUCCAGGAAAAGACAGAGCACUUCACAAAAGAGCUUGCCAGUGUUGUCCAUGAGAAUGCUGAUCUCAAACAAAAGAUCCAAGCCAAUGACAACAUUAGGGAGAAAUAUGAAAGCCUACAGGAGGAGCUGAUGCAGGUACAACUCAAGUACCAGCGAGAGAUAGAGCGUCUGGAGAAGGACAACAAGGAGCUCCGCAAGUCCCUCAUGCUGCGUGCUGGAGACAAGGUUGCAAGGAAGAAGGUGAAGAAGUCCCUGAUUGACAUGUACAGUGAGGUGCUGGAUGAGCUGUGUGACUAUGACAGCAGCUAUGACACACAAGACCACUUGCCCCGGGUGGUGGUGGUGGGCGACCAGAGCUCUGGCAAGACGUCUGUGCUGGAGAUGGUGGCUCAGGCGCGCAUCUUCCCGAGGGGUGCGGGGGAGAUGAUGACCCGGGCCCCUGUCAUGGUCACUCUCAGCGAAGGGCCAUACCACAUCGCCUCCUUCAAGGAUUCCACGCGCGAGUUUGAUCUCACCAAGGAGUCUGAGUUGGCUGAGCUGAGGAAGGAGGUUGAGCUGAGAAUGAGGAACAGCGUGAGGAAUGGGCGGACAGUUAGCCAGGAGGUGAUCUCCAUGACAGUGCGAGGACCCGGCCUGCAGCGGAUGGUGCUGGUGGACCUGCCUGGUAUCAUCAGUACGGUUACAACAGACAUGGCAGCGGACACAAGGGAGGCGAUCCGCAGCAUCUCGCAACAGUACAUGUCCAACCCCAACGCCAUCAUCCUGUGCAUCCAGGACGGCUCUGUGGAUGCCGAGCGCUCCAACGUGACGGACCUGGUGAGCCAGAUGGAUCCCCAGGGCAAGAGAACCAUCUUUGUGCUCACCAAAGUGGAUCUGGCUGAGGAGAACCUGGCCAAUCCUGACAGGAUAAGGAAGAUUCUGGCGGGCAAGCUGUUCCCAAUGCGUGCACUGGGCUACUUUGCGGUGGUGACGGGCCGUGGCAACCAGGAGGACUCCAUUCAGGCCAUCAAGGACUAUGAGGAGUCCUUCUUCAGCUCCUCCAAGAUAUUCAAGGGUGGCGUGAUCAACAGCCACCAAUGCACCACCAGGAACCUGAGCUUUGCUGUGUCAGAACGCUUCUGGAAGAUGGUGCGGGACACAGUAGAGCAGCAGGCAGACGCAUUCAAGGCCACACGCUUCAACCUGGAGACCGAGUGGAAGAACAACUUUCCCCGCACUCGGGAAUUGGACCGUGACGAGCUGUUUGAGAAGGCACGUGGUGACAUCCUGGACGAGGUGGUGAACCUGUCACAGGUGUCACCCAAGCAGUGGGAGGAUGUGUUGUCCAAGAAGAUGUGGGAGAAGAUGGCCACCUACAUCUUUGAGAACAUCUACCUGCCUGCUGCCCAGGCCACCAGCUCAGGAACCUUCAACACCACAGCAGACAUCCGCCUCAAGCAAUGGGCGGACCAGAUGCUGCCCCGGCGCUGUGUGGAGGUGGGCUGGGAGACACUGCAGGAUGAGUUUCGUAAGUUUAUCGAGCGUGCCAAGAAUUCAAAGGACCACGAUACCAUCUUUGACAACCUGAAGGCAUGUGUGGUGGAUGAGGCGAUGAGGAGGCACGCUUGGGAGGACAAGGCUGCUGACGUGCUGAGGGUGAUCCAGCUCAAUGCCCUGGAGGACCGCUCAGUCAGUGACAAGCAGCAGUGGGAUGCAGCCUGCCACUUCCUGGAGGAGUCAGUGAAGGAGAAGCUCACCGCCACAGAGACCACACUACGGGAGAUGGUUGGACCAGGAACAAGGGAACAGUGGUUGUACUGGACCUACCCCACUGAGGACCAGAAGCGACGGGCAACAGUGAGGGCAGAACUUGAGAAACUCCUUGCCACAGAUUAUAACCACAAGAACACGCUGACAUAUGAUGAAGUGACGGCUGUGAGGAAGAACACUCAGAACAGUGGGGUGGAGGUGGACAAUGAGUUCAUCAGGGAGAUGUGGCACCCAGUGUACAGGCGGCACUUCCUGCGCCGUGCCCUGGCCAAGGCAUAUGACUGCCGCAAAGCCUUCUAUGCCUACCACCAAGGCCUGGAAGGGGAGCUUGGGGUGGAGUGCAAUGACGUGGUGCUCUUCUGGCGGAUCCAGCAGAUGUUCAAGAUAACGGCCAAUGCUCUCCGUCAGCAGGUCAUGAACAGGGAAGCACGGCGCCUGGAGAAGGAGAUCAAGGAAGUGCUGGAGGAGUUUGGGUGUGACCAGGAGAAGAAGGAGCAGCUGCUGACGGGCCGGAGAGUGCUGCUGGCAGAGGAGCUGAAGAGGGUGAGACAAAUUCAGGAGAAGCUUGAAGAAUUCAUCCAUGCACUAAAUGCUGAGAAGUGAUAGGACAAGAUGCCAGAAUGCAAAUGUUGACUAUUUAUUGUAAAAGCACAUCAUGUUGACUAAAGUUGUGAGUUUUGGGGAGUCAGGGAAAUACUCUGCCAUAGACUUGUGGCACAGCAUAGACAUAGAUGUCUGAUAGAGCUGUACAGUAGUAUUCCAAAACAGUCUUAAUUUCAAGUCUUUAUGUAAAAAAAGAAAGUUCCAUCUUGUUAAAAAUGUUGUUAUGACUGGCAGUGCCUGACCUUGAAUCAAUAACUUUUUGUUCCACACCACACGUGACACUGACGUGGGAUGACAGCCAGAGUUGUUAUGAGCUGACAUAUUUGUUAAAAUUUGACAAUGAGCUGACAAAGUAACUCGUAUAGACACUUUUGAACUUUAUAAAAUCUGACUGAAUAUAUGCUGAAUAUUGUAUAUCUGACAAUAUAUGAAGUUGUACAAUGUAAUAUAUGAAUUAUAUAAAACCAUCAUUAUAUGGUUUCAGAAAACCAUUUUAGUUUAAACUAAUAUUACGCUGCUUAUGUACUUAAACAUCUGAAACCACCAACUUGAGGUUUACUUUUUAAAAAAUCUAUUUUCUAUUAUUGCUGCAAGAUUACAGUCUUCAAUAUUGCCCUGUGAAUCUAGUUUUAUCAACUUUUAUGAAGAAAUGUAAAAGGUUUUAUUGUAUAAAAAGUGAGGAAAUGAGACCUGUUAGAGAAAAUCUAAGACUUCCUGAACUAUGCAAGAUGCUGAUGGACCAGAUUGUUUGGUGUCAGUCACACAGCUUGGUUUCUGAGAGACAAAAUUCACAUAUGAAAAAUUACCAGUUCCUGUCUCCACUAACUCUUCAGCCUUCUAGAAGCCAUUUUCUUUGCAAACAUUAGCCAUUCAUUUCUCCUAGAUGCAUUUCUAACUGGAAUACUUCAGAUUGGUGGUGCAUUUACCAGAGAAAUUACACAAAAACUAUGCUGUGUUAAGACAUGAAGUGAUACAGGCGGUCAUGCCCAGCCUAUUUUCUCCUAGUCAUGUUUGUUUGUGUUUGUCCAAGUUGUAUCAUAUGAGGGCUAGAACUUUAUUAUUUUUUUAAGGUUAUCUUGUGUGGGGUUAUCCAAUGGUCUCGUUCCUUGUGGUGAAACUUUAAUAUAUUAUGGUCUCUUGCAAGCUCUUAUAGGAAACUUGCUUCUACACUCCUCAUUGCCUUACAAUUUCCUCUCUUGCAUUUGUCUAUCUCACCUCUCUUCUACACUAACAGCCUCCCAUCCUGACCUCCUCUUCUCCCACACUCCCCACAGCUUCCCUACAAGACCCCACCUCCCGCUUUCUCUCCCACACUUUUCACCAUCUAAUAUGGACUCCUCUCUUGCCUUUCAUCUCAUCUGUUUGACUAUCCCCUUUUUUUCUUCUCCAAUCAGACUCGCCUCUCUUGCCUUCCAUCUCGAGACUUAUUGAGCUACUCUUCCCUUCCAUUAAGACUCCUAUUAUCCUCUUUCCUUCCAUCAAGACUCCUAUUAUCCUCUUUCCUUCCAUCAAGACUAUCACACUCCUUUCUUGCCUUUUCUCUGUUACUUCCAAGGUAAUGCUUUCCUUCCUUGUUCCCUGCGUCACAUGUCGAGAGAGUGCAUUGCUCCACCAUCACCAUCACCACCAUCACACUGGACAAGUGGGUUGCAAGUGGAAAUGUUUAUAUUUUGUGAAGAAAGAUGUAUUAUAGUCAUGUAUGGGAAAUUGUAAUAUGUUUGACCGGUUGGUCACAGUGUUAAUAUAAGAUAUGUAAAUAAAUAUACCUUCAUUUAAUAA